AAGGGGCCUCUUUGCCAAGUUAGCAGGGGUGCAUCUUUAUGUGCAUCUCUAGGCGGUGGUACACAAUUUAAAACACGACCAAUAUAAGUCAGAGGAAGAACAAUUAAAACAAAUUUCCACAGACUAAAAAGUUAAGACAGUCCCAUGGAAUACAAUCAAACCGUGUGGAAUACUUUUCAGUUACAAAGGUUUCAGAUCGCACUUCUUGUCCCAGAUCCCACUCCAACCUGCUGCUGCUGCUGCUGCUCACAAUGACGACAUUGUGAUCCAAGGGGACACAAGGUUGCAUUCCACUUGCUUUAAAGGGCACGUGUGCCUUUAAAAAUAGAAGUUCGCCUUCUCUAUUACAAAAGGUUUAUCCUGCGAGCGGAAAGAAAGGCGCUUCCCCAGGCCGCCUCCUCCUCCUCCUCAAACCACACCUGCCCUCCAGGCCUGGGCCGGCAGCAGCAGCUCAGUGCGAGAGAUCACAAGGGGGUGGCGAACCCCUUGUCCAGAUGCGCCCUGCAAGAAAUCUUCGGCUCUCCGAACCACGUGGCCUCACUUCCUGCUCUUCGACCUCCUCUGUGUCGUCAGAGGGGCGAAGAUGAGGAUGGCGGGGCUGGCGGCUGGUCUGCUGCCUGCGCUCUUCUUCGCUUGGGCAGCUGGUGAGUAGAGGAUACUGUCUGUUGCUGCGCAGUUGGGCAACACGAGGGAAAACACCGAGAAGGCGGCGCCCGCUGGGACAUCGGAAACGGCACUGCAGCCGCUCCCUUUUCCUCCAGGGUUGCUUCCUUGAGGCUUAGCAACCUCUGGUUCAGGUCGUUGUCCGUCUGUGCAGCCUCUUGGAUCUCCCCGCCCAGGAAAGCCUGUCUUCAGAGCCACUCCAGACAAAGCAAAUCGCAGCACCGUUUCCUUGCAGGGCGGGUUCUCGCGGGAGCAAUCCUGCUUUCUGUCUAAGCCAGGCCUGCCUGCUCAGCUCCGCUCCUCCUGCAGAUGUUGGCCUACAAUUCCCAUAACCCUUGGUGACUGGCCACUGUGGUUGGGGAUUAUGGGAGCUGUAGUCCAAUCAAUCAGUCACUCAAUCAAUAAAGCGGGGGUGGGGGCUAAGUUGAGCAGGCUGGUCUAAACUGUGGGACAUGUUCUGCUGUCUUUAAGCAUCCUAACUUUCUAUAUGCUUUUGUGAGCUGCACAAAACUGGAUGGGUUUGGCUAAGAACGGUUGGAUUCCUUUACCAAUUACCUCCCCUAUAAGUUUUGCUUCCUAUUUUCUCUGACAGGCAUCCAACUUCCUUAAAGUCAGUGCUGAGUUUCGUCUUGCCUCCUACUAUGCUGAUCACAUGGUACUGCAGAAGGAACCAGCUGGUGCAGUCUUAUGGGGCUACAAAGACUCUGCUGCUGCUAUAAUGAUGUUUCUUUACCGGGAGAACCAUCUUGUGUGGAAAGUAGUGUCGGAGGAGGAAGGACGCUCUGAAAUCUGGAAAAUAGUCCUGAAUCCUAUGCCUGCAGGGGGACCUUAUGAGAUUGUGAUCUGGCACCAGGACAAUGGGGAGAUGACAAAUGUGACACUGGAAGAUGUCUACUUUGGUGAUGUCUGGCUUUGUAGUGGGCAGAGUAAUAUGGAAAUGACAGUUUCACAGAUCUUCAAUGCCAGUGAGGAGCUUGAGGAGGCCUCGCAGUUUCCGCUCGUGCGUCUCUUUACAGCUUCUCUCGUUCAGUCCAAAAGGGAACUGCAUGAUCUUUCCGGGAUCACUUUACAAUGGUCUAUUCCGACAGCCAAAAACCUAGGCCAUGGUGAUUUCAGUUACUUCUCUGCCGUGUGCUGGCUGUUUGGCCGCUACUUGUUCAAGACCCUGAAGUACCCCAUUGGACUGGUCGAGUCUUGCUGGGGAGGGACACCCAUUGAAGCCUGGUCUUCCAAGAGGGUACUGCAUGAGUGUGGAAUCUUCAACACCACUGAAGGAGCAUCAUCUUCAUACCUUGAUUCUGGCCCCAAAGACCCCUCAGUGCUCUGGAACGCCAUGAUCCACCCUCUUCUCAACAUGACCAUCCAAGGCGUUAUUUGGUAUCAAGGUGAAGCAAACACUGUAAUGAACACUGAUCUGUACAACUGCACCUUCCCGGCACUCAUUGAAGACUGGCGGAAAGCAUUCUUUGAAGGGUCCCAUGGGGAAACAGAACAGGACUUCCCCUUUGGUUUUGUCCAGAUAUCUACAGAUCGCCAGAUGCAGCUUGACGACAGCUUUCCGCGCAUCCGAUGGCACCAAACAGCAGACUACGGCUAUGUCCCUAAUCAGAAAAUGCCCAAUACUUUCAUGGCGGUGGCCAUGGAUCUUUGUGACGAUGAAUCUCCCUAUGGCAGCAUCCACCCUCGAGAUAAACAGAGCGUGGCCCAUAGACUGUACCUCGGGGCCCUGGCAUUGGCAUAUGGUAAGAAAGGCGCGACCUUCCAAGGUCCAUACCCUGAGAAAGUGGAGCUGGUUGCCGCUUCUGGACUCCUGAAUGUUAUCUUUGGAGAGCAUAUUGAGCUUCGACACUCUGACAACAAGACAUUUGAGGUGUGCUGUGCUCAGCAGAAGCAGUGCCAAUGGGUCCCAGCCGCCAUCGCCUCUUCCUCUUUCGACACGGUGACUCUGCACAACCUGGCCUGUCCGAAAAGCACGCUCGGCCUGCGCUACGCGUGGAUGGAGUGGCCUUGCAAAUACAAGCACUGUCCCGUCUACAGCAGACACUCCUCCUUGCCUGCGCCUCCAUUCAUUACGUUUUCCCACAAUAACCCUGGUUGGGUUUUGUCAUGAGGGGCAAGAUGGCAGACAAACCGGCAGCCUCCAGUUCCGGCCCCGUGGCCCACCAGGACAAGAAAAGGGAAGACGGCCAGCUGCUCUGUGCAGGAUGGUUACACCUAGAGCUUCUUCUUUCCCCCCCCCUCGAAGCCGUAAACUUCUCAGUUUGGUUAUUGCAGGGGGUGGGAAUCUCAAGAUGGGGAGAGUGGCUGCUUGCUUCCGCCCUGGACCCUUGCCGGGAUCGAUGAGCUGUUCAGAGAGAGCGCUGCCGGCACUGAGGUCACGGCUGCCGUGUGCUGAUCAGCACAAAUCGCAGCCUGAGAAACAUGGAUGGAGAAACCUGACGAACCAUAUAGCAUCCCUCUGCUCCUCCCCCCACCCCACAUCCUGCACAGAGAGCCAGCAAUAUGAGGAAAGGGUGGUCUUCAUGACCACCAGCUGGCUAGCCGGAGCAUCAGGCAGAGUCCGUGCCCCGUGAGAAGCCGUUGUGUGUCGCCAAGAAUCACAGCAGGAGAACAGGGAAGUGGUGGUGUGCUAGCUGCGGUCUGGGUCGGACGGGGUGGGACGUGCUUUCCCUUUGCUCUCAAUACCGUGCUGGGUUCACGAUGUGAGUUGGCUGCCCUCCCCCUCGCACCUCGGUUUUUGCCGACACACAGCUGUUUCCUGAGAGUGUGCAGAGGCUCAGAGCCUAGCUGGGCACUCCUGCCCAGCAGUCAGUGGUGAGAACCAGUCGUGUGUGUAGUUAUGCGUACUCUCACGCACGGCACACUGUUCCUCUUAAAAAAUAUUAAGAAAGAGUAUGUGUGUGUGCAGUUGCCUAUCUUGGGGCUGUUCCGACAAUCGAAAACUGGGUAGGGCAAGUGUCCUACCCAGGUAUGGGAGCUGUGUGUGCCCUCGAUUUGUGUGGGAGCAAACUAGGCCAGAAGAGCGAGAAGUGACUGUGUGGGGAGACAGGAGCAGGGUAGGGCAGCUUCUCUUCCUACCUUGGUCAAAUGCUGGGUAGGACGGUGCUGUCCUACUCAGCAUCUGCCUCCCACGCCAUCACUUCUCUCUCCUCUUACCUAGUUGUUUGCUUCCACACAAGCGAACGUUGGGGGCAUGCAGAGCCCCCCUAACCUGGGUAGGACACUUGUCCUACCCAGUUCUGAUUGUGUGAACAGCCUCAACAUACAGAACUGUGUGUACACACAACCAUAUACACACACACACACUUUUUCUCUUAAUAUUGCUGGUUCCUCAUACGUUGUACCAGUUUGAUGUAAAGAGAUCUAAUGGGCUCACUUCUCAUAUCCUGAUCCUGCCAUGGCCCAGCCAUUCUUCUCCCUGCCCGCUGUGAAGGUGCGGGCAGCUGCAAAGGAGAAGCCUGGUCAAAUUCUUCCUUUUGUACGUCUGUCAAAGAAGGAGGCGUAAUCUGAGCCAGGCUGGGGGUUCAGCCGUGCCGAGUACAAUAUGCACACCCGUAAUGCUGCUGUAGAACAGAGCUGAGUCGGCCCUUUAGGAGACUCCUGUUUCUUUCAUUAUCUUCUUCUCCCAUGUUUUGAUGACUGGUAGGAUUGUAUCACUGGAAAGAGCUGCACAUCCAGGAACGGGGUGUGACUCUGACUGAAAAGUAACAUCUUGUCAUUAAACGUUGCAGAACAAAUCCA